CCCUUGAUUCUCCAUUUCUCAGUCUUUUUCACUCAUCACAUUUUAUUCCAUCAAAUGGCAACAAAUUUCAUGGAUGAAGAAAUUCCUAGUGUAGUUUCACGUAAAGAUUUCCCUCAUGAUUUUGUAUUUGGUGUUGCAACUUCUGCUUAUCAGAUGAGGAAAUUUAACAUUGUAAUGAACAUGUGGAAAAUUAACUUUGUCAAUGUCACUUUGAAAACACGCAUUUGUGCGCUUGAGUACUCUGCGCACUUUGGGGGUAUACCGGUGCUAGCAGUGGGAUAUACCUUUGGAUCAUCUUCAUUCUUUUUUAAAACGGUUGAAGGAGCCAAUAAUGAAGGUGGAAGGGGUGAUAGUAUUUGGGAUGUUUUCACACACACGAAAGGAAAAAUCAUAGAUGGAAGUAAUGGGGACACUGCAGUUGAUCAAUAUCAUCUUUACAAGGAAGAUGUCGAACUAAUGUCCAAGUUGGGAUUUGGUGCUUACCGCUUUUCUGUGUCGUGGUCUCGUAUCUUCCCUGAUGGUUUGGGAACGAAAGUCAAUGAGGAAGGAAUUACCUACUACAACAACCUCAUUAAUGCUCUGCUUGAUAAAGGUAUGCUGCCGUACUUAACGUUAUAUCAUUGGGAUCUACCUAAUCAUCUUCAAGAGUCAGUUGGAGGAUGGUUAUCAGAAAAAAUUGUAAACUAUUUCGCAAUAUAUGCUGAGACCUGCUUUGCGAGUUUUGGGGAUCGAGUGAAACAUUGGAUCACAUUAAAUGAACCUCUACAAACUUCGGUAAAUGGAUACGGUACUGGGAUAUUUGCUCCUGGAAGAAGUGAAAAUUCUUCUACUGAACCAUAUUUGGCUGGACACAAUCAACUUCUGGCUCAUGCUGCAGCUGUUUCCAUAUACAAGCAAAAAUUUAAGGCUCAGCAAGGUGGCGAAAUAGGCAUAGUAGUUGAUUGUGAAUGGGCAGAGGCUUUUUCGGAUAAGAAUGAGGAUAAAAUUGCUGCAGCAACGCGUAUUGAUUUUCAGCUCGGAUGGUAUUUGGAUCCAAUAUAUUUCGGGGACUAUCCUGAAGCCAUGCGAGAGAGACUUGGAGAUCUGCUUCCAAAGUUCUCAGAUGAAGAUAGAGAGUUGUUAAGAAACUCAGUGGACUUCUUGGGUAUAAAUCACUAUACAACAAGGUUAAUCGCCCAUGUAUCAACAAGCCCUGAAUCUGGGCAUUUUUACGAUGCUCAACAAAUGGAAAGAAUUGUUGAAUAUCCAGGGGGUGAGCUUAUUGGUGAGAAGGCUGCAUCAGAAUGGCUUUACAUAGUUCCUUGGGGGAUCCGUAGUCUACUCAAUUACGUUGCACAGAAGUAUUACAACCCCAAGAUAUACGUUACUGAGAACGGAAUGGAUGAUGAAGAAGAUUCAAAAGCUCUUCUCCAUGAGAUGCUUGAUGAUACAAAGAGAGUUGGCUACUUCAAGGGGUACCUUGCUGCAGUAGCCCAAGCAAUCAAGGAUGGAGUGGACGUGAGGGGAUACUUUGCAUGGUCUUUUGUGGACAACUUUGAAUGGGCUCAAGGCUACACCAAGCGUUUCGGAUUGGUUUAUGUCGAUUACAAGAACAGACUCCGUCGGCACCCAAAAUCUUCUGCAAUUUGGUUUUCCCGUUUUCUUAAAGGCGAUGCAGGAAAAACUAUCAAGGAAGACUGAUUUUUCUAUAUUGGAGCUAACCCAUUUCUGCAAAGAUUUAUUUACAUGGGUUUUAGAAGUGUUUAUGCCUAAUCCUGGUUUGGUUAUGGGAUUCUAAAGGUAGCAUGAAUAGCAAAGUCAUCACUUGUUAGUAUUAAGAUUUGUUGUAGAUGCACGAGUCUUUUCCCUAAAAUCCUGGUAUUCAAAAUUCA